UUUAUUCCAUUCACAUCGUGUUGAAGAAGCUUCCCAGUUCCAACCUGUUUCCAGCCAUGGCGGCUUAGCUUAAUUCAAAACCCUAAACCCCCAAUCAUUCCAUUUCUCAAUCAGUCAAUCUCCAAUGGCCACUUCCCUUGCCCUAAGAUUCAGAUCCAAUCUAAUUCGCACCGCCACACUCCUCCACCCUUCUUCUCUCCGUCCACCACCACCACCACUCCCCAAACCCUCACAAUCCCUCUUCUCUUCCCUCUCAAUCACCUCUCCCAUCAUCUCCCACGAAUCCCCCUCCUGGUUCUCCCUCUCCUCCCACCGCUUCCUCUCCACAUCCCGUCGACCUUCCUCCCGCCCCAAGAAAACCGUCGACCCCAUCGCCGCACGCGCUCGUCAACUCCAAACCAAACGUCUCUGGACCUACGCGCUUACAUUCGCCACAUUAUCCGGUUUCGUCGUCAUCAUUCUCAACACCUUUAAUGAUAAAUUAGCUUUCUACGUCAUGCCAACCGAUGCUAUAGAAGAAAUCAAAAACAAUCCAACAGGGAAGUUCUUUCGAUUAGGUGGUUUAGUUCUUGAAGGAAGUGUGGUUUAUCCAUCUUCACGUGAUGUAGAAUUCGUUAUGACCGAUUUGAUUACCGAUAUUGUUGUUCGUUAUGAAGGCCCUUUGCCUGAUAUGUUUAGAGAAGGACACUCUAUUGUUACUCUUGGGUUUGUCAAACCCUUCACCGAUGAGAUUAAGAACAUUGAUACUUCCGGGAGAAUCAACAACGUUUCUGCUAAGGCCAGGAGUGGAGAGUAUUAUUUUUUGGCUACUGAGGUUCUUGCUAAGCAUGAUGAGAAGUAUAUGCCUAAAGAAGUUGCUGCUGCUAUUGAGAAGAAUAAGAAGAUUAUUGCCGAAUCUAAUGAGGAGAAAGCCGCCGAUGGAGGAAUACAUUGCUAGAAGGAUAAUGCAAAGAGAGAUUAGACAAGUUUUGAUUGUUUAUGAGGCUGAGGCUAUUAUACACGUUUUCUUGUUGGAAUGCAUUGUUUUUCUUAAUAAAUAUUUACAGGUGAUUAAAUGAAUGAUAAAUUUUGCUAAAUUGCAAAUUAUUCAGAAAGGGAA